AUGUCAGACAAACUAAAUAAAACGAUUCAAAGGUUUCAAUCUAAAAUAGAUUCAGGUUCCUUUUAUGAAGCACAUCAAACUUUAAGAACAAUCACAAAUAGAUAUGUGAAAUCCAAACAAUAUAAAGAAGCAAGAGAUUUAUUAUACCAAGGUUCAUCAAUUUUAAUUAAAAAUAAAGAAUUUGCAUCAGCAUCAGAUUUAAUCAAUUAUUUAAUACAAAUUUACGAAGAAGAAAAAAUUUCUGUGACUGAUAAAGAUUCAAAAUUCAAAUUAAUUGAAUUAAUUUCAAAUUUACCAAAUAAUGAUCCACUGCUUAAUGAUUUAGCUAAAACUAGUAUAAAUUGGUCUAUCAAAUCAUCUGAAUGUUCUAAAUUUGGUGAUAAUGAUUUACAUCAUUUAUUUGGUACAAAGAUGUUACGUUCUUUACAAGAUGAAACUGAUUCAGAAAAAAAAUUAAAUAAGUUUGCAAUUGCUGAAUUACAUUUAGUAUUGGGUACUUUUGAAUCGAUUCCAGUUUAUGUCAAUUUUUUGGUCGAUGCAGCAAAAGCAAAUCCAUCAAUUGAUUCUGGUAUAUUUUUAUCAAGAGCUAUUAUUAACUAUUCAUACUUAAAGAAUAUUAAAUUUGUAAAGGAAGCCCAAUUUGUAUUUUUAAAAAACAUAAUAUUUGAAUCAGAAUCAAUAAAAGAUGAAAUAAUGUAUAGUCAAGAUCAACCAAUACUAAAUUUUUUACAAUUAUUAACUUUAAUAUUACAAAAAGAAUCAGCUACAAAUAGUCAAAAAUUCCUAAAAUUAUAUGAUCAUUAUAAAAAUUUAUUAAAAAAGAAUGAAAUAUCAUCAUCAAUUGAAUAUUUAGGUAACUUAUAUUUUAAUUUAAAUAUUAGUAGUUCUGGUCAACAAAAUAAUAUGUUAGCAAACUUUAUGUCAGGUUUACUUAAAUAG